AUGUGGAACACCGUGGCUUUGUGCUCCCUGGGCAGACUGGCCGCCAACGCCACAUCCCCGCUUCUCCCAAGGUUACAAACCCUAAAUCGCGUGUUUGAAAGAAAAUAUGAGGACGUGUGUCGUGGUAAACAACCCGCAGGCACACUGCAGAAUCAGGGCUUGCAAAGGACACGCGACAUGCUUCCCUGCCGUUUAGUAAGUAAUAAAGCAAAAUAUAGACAUAGGUAUGCAAAAACUUACCCUGUUUUAGAUGGACGUAUCCUGUCUGUGUACCGACAUGUGUUUGAAGAAAAUUUAAGGAACAGUGAGGCUGUUAUUAAAAGAUAUUCAGAAUUGCUAGAGACGGUCAGUAGAGGAGGGGGAGAAAAUGCCAUCUUGCGUCAUACUCAGAGAAACAAGAAGCUGUUUGUUCGUGAACGCCUGAAAUUGCUGCUUGAUGAUGAGUCUUUCCUCGAGCUGUCGCCGCUGGCCGGCCUCAACAUGCCGUAUGGUGAUGUCCCUGCUGCUGGGAUUGCAACUGGAAUUGGCAAAAUCUGUGGGGUCUGGUGUGUCUUCAUGGCAAACGAUGCGACUGUGAAAGGAGGAACUAUUUAUCCCAUUGGAGUGAAGAAACAAUUGAGAGCUCAAGAGAUAGCCAUGCAGAACAGACUGCUGUCUGUCUACCUUGUUGACAGCGGGGGAGCAUUCCUACCUCUACAGUCAGAGCUGUUUCCUGACAAGUGGCACGGCGGCAGAACGUUCUACAAUGAAGCGAUAAUGUCUGCCAUGAGGAUCCCUCAGGUGGCAGUGGUGUGCGGCUCCUGUGUAGCCGGCGGUGCCUAUGUUCCAACCAUGGCAGAAGAGUCUGUGAUCAUAGAUAAAAUCGGGACGCUGUUCCUUGCUGGCCCACCUCUGGUAAAAGCUGCUACAGGAGAAUAUGUCUCUCCCGAGGAUUUAGGAGGAGCCAAACUUCACUCUAAAGUCAGUGGCUGUAGUGACCAUUUUGCAUCCUCAGAAAAGGAAGCCUAUGAAUGCAUUCGAAAUGUCAUCUCUACGUUAAAUUACGAGCCGCUGCCGGAGGAGGCCAUCGAGCACGACAGCCCUCUGUACAGCUCUGAUGAGCUCCUGGGACUGGCACCACAAGAUUAUAGGUUUACUCUUCCUGUGAAAUUG